AUGCAGCUGGAGAUCGAGAAGUCGUAUUCUGUCACAACUGUUCCAACGAAUGGUAUCGGGAUCAGCAUGGCCUGGAGUGUCCCAGGUGUGACAGUGAAAUCACAGAAAUUGUUCGUCCAAAUCAGCCUAGAGAACGACCCUCGAGACUUUGACCAAUCUUCCGGUGCGACGUCGCCCGACCCCUCUGGCCCAGCACGCUAUUAUGAAGACUCAGAUCCCGACGAAGCUGAUAUCGAGGAUCAUAUGGAAGGAAAUCAUGGGUUUGCUUUCCACCGGAGCACCCGGCAGGGUCCGAAUCGCGAACACCACAAUCCAGAAAUGGAGCCUGUAAUCUCCCGGUUUUUCGAUAUGAUAAACGGCUUCAUCAUCAACACCACCAUCAUCAUCAUCACCAUCAUCAUGGAACAGAUCAUACUCACAACCACGAUCAUGAACCAGAAGUCGAACCCCAAGCCAACCCCGAACAAACUCAUGCACGCCAAUUUGCUUCAGCUCGUAUUCACCGAACAACCUUUAGAAGUGGUCCGUUCGGGACUGCGAGUGUUACUAUCUUCUCAGGUCCAGUCCGAGGCGUUGGCGGCAACCCCUCGAUCGAGGGUAGAGGGGACCGAGACCCUUUCCAAGAGUACAAUAUUUGCCAAUGUAAUGCGAGACAUAGGCCCCCCAGAUGGCCGAGAACCAGAUGGUCGACAACCGGAUGUUCCUUCUCCUCAAUUCCUUCGUGGUCUGCAGGACAUUCUAGGACUCCUCAACCCCGCCAACGCAAUGGCUGGUGAUGCUGUCUAUUCCCAAGAAGCUUUAGAUCGCAUCAUCUCUCAACUGAUGGAAGCAAACCCUCAGUCAAAUGCAGCACCGCCCGCCUCGGAAGAAGCCCUGAACAAACUAGACCGGCGCUCCGUGGAUAAAGAAAUGCUGAGUCGAGAUUCGAAAACUGAAUGCUCGAUCUGUAUUGAUGAUCUCAAAGAAGGCGAAAAGGCUAUUUUCCUACCUUGCAAACACUGGUUUCAUGAAGAUUGUGUAGUUCUGUGGUUGAAGGAACACAAUACCUGUCCUAUUUGCCGAUCACCAAUCGAGAAGAGUGAGCAGGGCAACGAGGCUGGCAACCGUGAUAGGAGUGGCCCAACUCCACCGAGCGACAACAACUCAUCCAACAAUCCGGGUAUUAGGAAUCCCGAAUUUGGUUUCGGAUAUCCAGGAGUCCACUCAGGAGAACCGUCGGGAAUCGGACGUUGGCUGUUUGGAACAAGAGCAGACAGCGGUGCGAACCCUGGCGCAGGCUACACAUCAGAUGAUCGUAGCCCCUCUCCGGCCAUCUUCAGCGGUGCAUCAACCCCUGCACAACCUACGCAAAUUCCCCCUUCCCGACGGCCUAUCCGUAUACCUAGCAGUUCCGCACGCCUACAUGAUGCCUUCCGGUUCGUAGCAGAAAGAGACAGGGAUAGGGAGAGUGAUAAUGAGCGGGACAGGAUCAGAGACUACGGCACCUCAUCCGGAAUUAGUUAUGACACCUCGCGGAUGCAACGUCGAAAUUCAAUGUCGCCAACCAGCCCUAGAGGAGUUGGUAUUGGUGAGCAGAGUACUCGGUUUAGACAGCGGAGCCCUUCUCAGAAUACACGCGACUCCCGGCAUUCUUCUACGAAUGGUGGCCCUAUCAGCUGGCUACGGGGACGGUUUUCGGGGGGAGGAAACGGGAACAGUCCGUCUCGUGAUGAAAGACAAUCCUAG